CUAAGAUUUAGGUUAUGCUGUUCAAUGUCUAUAACUCCUUAGAUUUACAAUGUGCCUAUCUCUAUCCACUUUCUUCACGUUAGGAGCAGUCUUAACUUUUUUUGAGAUCAGCAUUUCAACUGCAUAUUGCCAAAGGAUCUCAAAUGAAACCCUUGUGAAAGCCUCUUGUCCAUUGAACUUUGACAUCCUCCGGAAUUUGGUCAAUGAAGACCCUGCAAGGACUGAAUUUGGUAGCAUUGCCACAAAGUGUCAAAACAUUCUUGGAGGAAUCCAUUUGGUUCAAUCUAAGUAUCUCCAGACGAAUGGGUAUUUUGUUCCCCCUCCCAUCACUUCUGAGGCAUGCUGGGAGUCCUACCAGAAGUUAAUAGGUGAGUUUGUGAAUGAUUUUGAUAUUGAAACUUCUUGUGGAUACCAUGCCGAAUGGAUUUCAAAAACCUGCAUGAAUGUAACAUCUAGAGCACAGUUCGAGAGCCUAAUUCCUGAUACCAAAUUGAACAAAUUAAGAUAUUACUGUACUCAGUCUCUGGAUAAAAGUUUUGCUUGUGGAAUGUGUACUAGUAAGUUGUUCAGACUUAGGAAAGUAUACCUUGAUGACAUUGAUGACACAGCCGGGAAUAUCUCAGCUUGUUCAUGGUAUCCUAAUAUGUACACAGCUGCAUUUGUCAAUCAGUUUGGUCCAACUGAUAGAGCCACUGCUAAGUGUUUGUUUUCCAUGGAAUUUAAACCAAAGAAAUCCAGCAGCAGGCAACACCGAAGUAUAAUUGCAGGGGUUACAGUUGGUUCUCUUGUUGGUUUACUUGGGACCCUUGCUGUAAUUUUAUUCCUCCUGAUGAGACGACGGAAGAAAAAUAAAAAGGACAAGAUCAAUCCAGUUAUGGAGAAGAAUGACUCUGUCAAAGAUGAGACUAGUUUGGUUUUUGGAUUUGGACUAUAUAGCAAAAGCACUAGUUUAAUAAAGUUCAAAAUUGACGAAAUAAAGAAUGCGACAACGAAUUUCUCCAGGAAAAAUAUUAUUGGAAUGGGAGGAUAUGGGAAUGUUUAUAAAGGGAUAUUACCAGAUGGUUCUGAAGUUGCAAUAAAAAGAUUCAAGAAUUGUUCUGUUGCUGGAGAUGCAAACUUUGUACAUGAAGUAGAAGUCAUUGCAAGUGUAAAACAUGUCAAUCUCGUGGCUUUGAGAGGCUUCUGUACCGCGACAGUUCCUUUGGGAGGUCAUCAGAGACUCAUUGUUUGCGAUUUGAUGCAAAACGGAAGCCUCCAUGAUCAUCUUUUCGGAUCAGAAAAGAAGAAACUUAGUUGGCCUGUUCGUCAGAAGAUUGCCCUCGGAACUGCAAGAGGUUUAGCGUACUUGCAUCAUGGUCUGCAUCCUGCUAUUAUUCAUAGGGACAUCAAGGCUAGUAAUAUACUUCUAGAUGAGACAUUUGAGCCAAAAGUUGCAGAUUUCGGCCUGGCGAAGAUCAAUUCAGAGGGAACGACACAUUUAAGCACAAGGGUAGCUGGAACUCUAGGCUAUGUUGCUCCGGAGUAUGCCUUGUAUGGCCAGUUAACCCAGAAAAGUGACGUUUACAGCUUUGGGGUGGUGCUUCUGGAGCUUUUGAGUGGCAAAAAGGCAAAUUCAAGCAAUGAGGGAAAGAUUCUCCGGCUGACAGAUUGGGCUUGGGAGCUUGUCCAAGAGGGGAAGGCAUUAGAUGUUAUUGAACAAGGCAUGCCAGAGAUCAAAUCGCCAGAAGCGAUGGACCAGUAUGUGUUCAUUGCUGUCCUUUGCUGUCAUCCGGUGUUACAUGCUAGGCCAACAAUGGAUCAGAUUGUGAAAAUUUUUUAGACUGGUUUUGCGGCUCUCUCGGUU